AUGGCCAACGGCGAUGCUUGUGCUGACUGUGAGCGGUCUCAUGUCCACGUCUGGCUUUGUUCAGCCUGUUCAGGUAUCUCGUUUUGCAAUGAAUGCUGGCCAAAACAGGCUGCCCACAAGGCAAAGACCACGAAUCUCGGGAAUCGCUCUCAUGUGAAAGAAGACAGGGCCACGAUAUUGAUGAUACGCUCAAUCCUGGAACCGCCGAUGGAUCCUCAAGAAAUCAGGAAUCUGCACGACAAAGACCAGGGCACAAGGUGGUUUGGAGUCGUCAAAUCAUCUGAUGGAAGGAAAUCAGAGUUUUAUGACUUUGGCCGUUACGGUCAAAUGAUGCUGGAUAGCCGGCCACUCGGCGGCGCGGCGAGAUACCCAAAACUAGUCUCUUUCAUCGGAGACACGUAUGCCGGCAAAAGUACAAUCGUGAAAGCGCUGGUUUCUCAUGGCGGUUUGCUGUCAACCGAGGCCGACCGCAAUUCUUUGCAGACCCCUGUUCCGGGUUCCAGAGCCAAUGAAGGAACAGCAACGUCUGAAGGCGUACACUUGUAUGCGGAUCCGGAGCAUCUAGAGGUUGCGAUGCCGAUCCUUUAUGCUGACUGCGGGGGUCUGAAUGCGGGUGAGAAAAUGCCUUUCGCAGUGCAAGAGUCGUCCCAUUCCAGAAGGAUGCCAAAGGAGUCAAAUCUGUCCCUAUUGAAAUGGACAAAGGCAAACGAUCCAGUCAAAGGGACUCGGGAAUAUGCUGUCACCAAUUUCUACCCUGGAUGUCUCUAUACUUUCUCUGAUGCUAUUGUUUUCGUCCAGAGAAAUCCGAACCAACUCCACAUAACCUACAAGUAUCUCGUCGACUGGGCAAAACGCAGCGUCGAAAAGUCGCUGAAUCAACCUAUUCUGCCGAGCGCGAUAGUGGUCCUCAACGCGGUCGAGGUGGCUGACGUUGAAGGCAUCACGACCACUGAACCGGAUCUAAGAGAGCUCGCGAGGAACUUCGCUCCUGAAGGUCAUCGUCGGGGCUUGUUCGCCCGAGAGUUGCUCGAAUGUUACUAUCGAUCUGUUCGCGUCAUUCGAAUCCCCGCGAAAAGCUCCGAGCCGUACAACUUGAUCAACAACCAAAUCUUGCAACUCCGAGAGGAGAUCGUCAGUGUAUGUCAGACCGCUCACUACGAGAAAAGUAUCAAACGCCGGCUGGCCAACGCCGACGACCUGCAGCAAUAUCUACAAGCAGGUUUCGAGCAUUUUGCCAACGACAUUGAAAGACCUUUUGACUUCCGAAGGGUGUCCACUCGUAAUAAACUCAUUGCCCACGAUUUUGGCGACCACAUUUUGACGUUGGCAAGAACAAUCCACGAGAGUACUCGUCACGAGCGCCUGCAGCCGAUAAUGCUCCUCGGUGGCUUGUGUUCGUUGAGAGCAUCGUGCAUUCUGUUGGACUACGUCCGGAAUAACUUACAGGGCCCUGUGAUUGACUAUUUCCUGAAGGACUACGCCCCUUUCUGCAAGACAGCCUUACAUAUGUUCUGCAACGAUGUUAUGCCAUGUGAAUACACUAGUAAGAGAAUUCCGCAUUGUUUCAAUGUCAAGUCAGCCCACGACAAGGGACACCAGAAUGAGAAGGGCACGAGAGAAAUCGGGGAGUAUAAGUCUUCUCUUAUGGCUUCUUCAUAUGAGAAGGUUUGGCUGAAGAAGAUCGAAGACAAUCUGAAGGCGGUCAACAGCACUUUUAUACAAGAGCUCCGCUCGAGGGUUCCACUUUCAAGGCAAUCUCGAACAGAUCUUUCCGGUAAUCACGAAGGCUCCAUUUCAACGGACAUGAAACUAGUCUCCCAACUACAUGACGAGAAGCUCGUCCCAGAUCAAGUCUUCUCGGGACUUUAUUAG